UGGGAGAUGUUAGUAGUGUUGCCGAAUAAACAUGACGGCCUGAACACAUUGUUGCCAAAACUGCAAUCUGGUGGACUGAAAAGUGUAUUGAGCGGGCCAUUUGGUUCAAUAAAAGCGGAACUUCAUCUACCACGUUUCAAGUUGAGCGAAAAUGAGGGAAUCGAGGCAAAGACACUGUUGAUGAAACUUGGCAUGAACUUGGUGUUCUCGUCUACUGCCGCUAAUCUGAAGCGAAUGUGUGCGUCUGUGCCGUUGUUUGUUUCCGCUGUGAAACACAAAGCCGUUUUGGAAGUGGAUGAAGAAGGAGCCACGGCUGCUGCUGCAACUGGCGUCAAAAUACAACGGCGUUGUUUAGAAAUACUUCCUCAGUUUCGCGUUGAUCAUCCAUUUGUCGUGGCUCUUGUUUACGACGAUGAAAUACCUGUUUUCUUGGGGCACGUGACCGAUCCAGAGGCAAACUAA